AAUGAAUCUGCGAUGCUUCAUUGUUUUGCAUUUUGUGCAGGUACGCCGCGCCUCUGCUGGCCAGAACAGCGGUAGCUCAAUGCUGAAUCAGUGGAAGACUUUGUGGAACACAAUUUCGUUUCCUCUCGCGCUUAUCACCUUUUUAUUCAAUAAAAACAUCGAGAUCUUGGAAAACAACAUUAGACGCAACGUGGAGAAGCAAGUCUGCCGUUGAUCAAAAUGAUUUGAGAUACGUUGAUAGGACGGGACAUUAAAGUCGUUUAAAAAAAAAAAAAAAAAAAACGAUGGGAGUUUAUUCCGCCUGUUGAUACAAAGCAGGUUUGGGAAAAAUAGAUCGCCUGUUGGAAGUAUUUCACCAUUUGACAUGUACGGAAGACUGAAACAGACUGAAAGUAAUGUAUUUAUACAACGAUUUUAAGAUCCAACGGACAUAAAGUAAGUAACUAAGAGAAAGAGGAAACCAAGGACACUAUCAGUGUAGUAACAACGUGUGGAUACAUUGUCCUCGUUUUUAUUUCGGGAUUCAUAGUCGGAUUUAAAUGUUUAAAAUAGGGCCUGCUCUGUAUUUUUUAUUCAUUUUGUCGAGUUUUAUAUUUUAUUUACGCUUUCUAUGUCUGACAAACCGAGGUUAGAAUAUUAUUGAGCACACUGUAGUGCUCUCUGGAAGUCGAAGAACUGCACGAUUAUUUUAGUAAGCAGUAUUAUAUUGCGUUUUGAUCUUAUUUACUCGUAGGUGUCACGCUUCUGUCUAAUGCUACAUGUGUUGCUACUUAUAAUAAUUUAUACAGCGCAUUGCACAUCAUUAGUUUAAUGGCAAUAUCUACAAAGUAGCAAGGAGCGCAGAGUCUGGAUUUGGAAACCUGUUCAGAAUCGUGGCUUGUUAUCAAAUGGUCUCUAGUUUAACUGAGCUGUAGUGAUACACAGACUGGAGCACCAUGGACAUUGCUGAUCACAGGAGGACUGACCAGAGAUUUACUGACAAGAAUCAGAGACUGGUGCGGGGAAUUGUAGACCAGCAGGGAGUAGAAAUAUUCAGCGUCAUGGAGCCAAAAGCUGCUGAUACCGAAGGAACCAGUCUGGUGGAGGUAGUGCUGACAGGCGGGGCGCCCUGGGGAUUCACUCUCAAAGGGGGUCUGGAGCACAGAGAGCCACUCCUCAUAACUAAGGUCGAGGAAGGUAGUAAGGCUGCAGCAGCAGGGAAACUCCAGGCCGGAGAUGAGAUUGUCAGCAUCAAUGAGUUCCUGACCGAAUACAGGCAAGAGGCCAUCUGUCUGGUGAAGGGCUCCCACAAGUCGCUGACGCUGGUGGUCAAAAGGAAGAUGAAAAUGGUGGAUAUUGUAGCACAGAAAAUGCCAUCAGAAACUGACGUUCACGUGGCCAGGAGCUUUCUUACGAAGAUUUUGAGGAGUUCCAUGAGAAAGACUCGCUUCAAAGGGAGAAAUCAACCUGUGAGCCGGCCUCACUCUUGGCACUCCACCAAGUUCACAGAGAGCCAAUCCGAAGCUGCCCCUGCUGUCUGGCCCACCAGAUACGAUGCAAGUUUGUCUUCACAUGACCUGUCUAACUCAUGGGAUCAGACGAACCUGCAGCGAGUUUCCGAUCAGUUCAGCUCCCUGGGCAGCAUGGACAGCCUAGACCAUUCCUCCCACAGCUGCCAGCAUGGACAACUCUCUCCCACCAACAACAGCAUCGACAACCUGGGAGGAGGCAGCGGUGGAGGCAGCAGCAGCAAGCGGGAUUCGGCUUAUAGCUCUUUCUCCACCACCUCCAGCACCCCAGACUACACUUUGUCCAAGAGCAACGCAGCUUCCACUGAGAACAUGCUGUUUAAAGUGGGCCAGUGUGACUCCGGAAGGUAUGGAAAUAGGAGGCACAGCCAGAGCCUGAAUGAGAACAGCAGAUUGGAUGACAGGCAGGGAUAUCUGCAGCUGCCGGCUAGGAAUGGGGGCAGAGAAAGCCCAAGGACAGAAGAGCAGCCUGGAUCACGGCACUCCAGCUCAGGGAAGUUCAGCUUCGGCCCGGUGUGGCACGUCCCUGAAAAGAAGAAGAGAGCUCCCUCACCGCCACCUCCCCCGCCUCCGGUCCGCAGCGAUAGCUUUGCAGCUACCAAAGUUCAUGAAAAAGGUCUCCUCCCGCCUUACUCGGAGAGAUCUGCCCCCCAGAACGUUCAAAAACCUCAACCCAGGGUUGCAGACGGGCCACCUAUCGAAGCUGCAGACUAUCAGCAGAAGCUCAUCCGUGUCAGUGAAAGAGGACCUGAUGCAAGAAGGAGCUAUAACCCUCCUCCCAAGAACGAUUCUCCCUCUUCUUACCUAUCGAUGGACAGCUACAAUAACAACCAGUUAAAUGCUAACCGGUUACAGUCUUUGUCAAGCACAGAUGUACAGAUUGGCCAACCUCCCAAUGCAUAUGUGGCCCACCACCAGCGGCAGUACAGUGAUGAAAGCACUUUAUAUACCCACACUCGAUCUACUGCAGUACCAAAGCAACAGAGUGUUAGCAGCUAUUAUAGCAGCAUGCAAGAGUUACCGACUGACAACUUGAAUCAGUACUCUAAUCAGGCCCAAGUCAGGACCUCUAGUGCUUCCUUGGCCAGUCCUCCUACAGAGCAAAAUAUGGAGAGUGUUGGGCAUAGCAGAUAUUACUGCGUUACAGCAAGGCAGCCAGCCCAGUCGGUCUCUCAGGCAUCACUGGUGAAAGUUGAAAACUGGAAAGGUAGCACAGGGACAGAGUCAGCCCAGGGACUAAGUGAAAGAAACUCUGCUGCACCCACAAAGGUCCAGAAACCAAAAUACCCGCUACCUCACCCUGGUGGUGCUACCUCACAGGAGAACAAUGGAUAUUAUCGGCUGGAGGACAGUCAUGACAGGUCUCCAGCAUCUGUGGAAGAGAUGCCAUUAGUAAAACCCAAUGUAGAUGAAAGGGGAAGCCAAAAGAGUAACAAUGGAUAUCGUUUAGAAUCUCAUUACAUUGGCUUUACCCAAGAGCCACAGUGGCCAGAAGAUGAAGGCAAGAUUUGUCCACAGAAAACCCCAAUGUUGCACUCCCUAGCUCAAGAGAGCAAACAUUUAGCCUCCAAACAGAUGGAGCCUCCAAACAGUCGCAGGCAGGAUGCUUUAGACCCCCUUGCCACAAAACAACAGCGACGGAGCGACCGAUAUGCCACAACAUUACGUAAUGAAAUUCAAACGAGAAGAGCCAAGCUGCAGAAAAGCAAAAGUGACGCCACCCUGACGGGUCCCAACGAGGUUGAAGAGGAAGCUGAAAGCUGGAAGGAGGAGUCAGCUGAGAAGUCCACAUCAUCUUCAGAUGGCUCCUUCAACAACACUUACAAGGAUCACCUGAAGGAAGCUCAGGCCAGAGUUCUUGGGGCUACAUCUUUCAGGAGACGGGAUCUGGAGCCUGUAUUGCCUGAGCAUCCAGCAAGCCCAUCUGAUACUUUGCCCUGUUACCCCACAGCGACAUCAUCUCAUCCACAUAAAGAUGUAAAUCCCCAACUUGGCUUCCCUGAGGCCCCACAAAUCCCUGCAGCUUCUGGUGGUGCUUCCCACAAGUCUCGCAUUGGUGGCAGGAAACGGUUCACAGCUGAACAGAAAGUCAGGUCCUACUCUGAGCCAGACAAGAUGCACGAGGUGGGAGUGGGCAAGACCCACCAUCAUUCCAAUAUCCAAAAUGAUAAGUUCACUACUUUUGCAGAUCGACGCAAAUUCUUUGAGUCAACCAGCAAGCCUGCAUUCCUAAAACCAGCAAACAGGCCAAACCAACAGGGCUCCUUCGAUGAACAAAGUGAGGUCAGAUCUUCCAGAAAACUGCACCCUAAUGAGACUGAGGAGUCUUGGUAUGAGCGGAGAGCCCGUGCUGCCUCCUUUGGCUACGAAAGCUCUCUGGGAGCUCUUCACGAGGAUAAAGAUAGCUUUAGGGAUAUAAACAAAAAGUACUCGGACAGAUAUAUGAUGCUGGAACAGCAGCGGUUAGGUACUUUUGCAGAGUAUGAGGCUACCUGGAAUGAGCAAAGGAAGCCAUCAGAAGCAAAGACCUCUGGAAUGUACCACUCUGCAGACAACAUCCUGGAUUCAGGGGUCGAAGAGCAUAGUAGACCUCAGUACGUGCAUGAAAGGUCCAGGUCAUCUCCGUCUGCAGAUUUCUAUGGAAAGAACGUUGUUGUGCAAGCAAAGAAGAAAGCUGAAAAUUUUCAAACAGACCAAAAACUUCCUGGGGCUAAAAGCACAGAUUGCAACAUUUCUAUAGCAAGACUUUCUGAUGGAGGACACAAGGAAUGUAAAUCGGACGAAAAGCUACCUGUGAAUGACCAACGCACAGAGGACAAGCGCAGAUCAACCAGCAGGCAGACUCAGCCAGAACAGCUGCUGCGCCCAUCUGCAGAAAACCGAGAGAGAGCUGUUACGCUGCCCAGUGACUACGGCUACAUAAUUCAAGAAGGGGAAACUGAAUUCAAGAACAGAGAUUUUAACAAGGCUGUUCCCACUUACUUAGAGAGCCAUACCCUGAAUAAUAAUCACAUCAGAUCUCAAAGCACAGGACUGGAAAGUCAGUCUACCAAUAUAACUGCAGCGCCCUACAAUAAGAAGAAGGGGCCUGUGCCUCAGAGGCCUCCUCUGCCUAAGCUGGAUAAAUACAAACGUCAAGACAUCCCAUCCUCCUUGAUAGACUCUUCAGAAUCGCUGCUCAGUUCACAAAGGGCUGUUGGGCUUUGCUCCCCCAGCAUAGAGGGGCCUCUGAGCACCAUACCUGCCCCAGCCUUGAACACCACUUCCACUGCAGCAGAGCCUGCCCCUGCUGCCAGUCAGUCAGGGGAUAACCAGCACGGAAAGGUGCUGGCGAAUGAGCACAGAACUGUAGAAAAACCUAACGUUGUGCAACACACCACCACCUCCUCCAAGUAUCCCUGUCUUCUUAAGCCUUCUGUUGAUGUUCCUAGAUCACCUUCUCCACAGUUCGCCCCACAGAGACUUACUGAUAAACCACCUGUCUCCAUAAAAAAUGAAGCUCCAUCAAGAAUCGAAAAAGUGAUGGAGAACAAUACCACUGUCAAGAUGGUGCCUAUCAAGAUUCUUCAUUCUGAAAGCCAUUCCGAGAAGGAGAGCCGACAGUACCUCCUCCACAAUAUCGAACCGAUCAGUGUGCCCGACCAGCAGGAGAAAGACCAGAUAAAGACUCUGGGCACUAAAGAGCAGUCCUACUCCCUUUUCUGUGCUUACACAAGACAGAAAGAGGAGCAGAUGAAGGAGGAACAAGACAGGACAUGCGACGUGGCACAAAAUGAGCUUCUUUGGGCAGAGGUAAAGGAUGGUGUUUCACUUUCUCCAGCUAACAAUGCAGUGAAGGCUAAUGACAGGGCAGUAGAUGACUUGAAGACUGAGGAGCUGGCCAGAGAGAUUGUGGGAAAGGACAGAUCACUGGCCGACAUCUUAGAUCCCAAUAUUAAAAUGAAGACCACCAUGGACCUCAUGGAAGGCAUUUUCCCCAAAGACGAGCAGCUGUUGGAGGAAGCCCAGCAACGCAGGAAGAUUCUUCCAAAACAGAAUUCUCCGAAACCUGUAGAAGAAAAGAAAAACGAAGAGAGCGCAGCCUCCCUGGCAACCAGCUCCUCCUACUACAACACGUCAGCCCCGAAGGCAGAGCUGCUGAUCAAGAUGAAGGAUAUGCAAGAGCAGAUUGUAGAGGAAGAGGAGGGCUCUGAAGACGAGCUGGACCACGACCUCUCAGAGAAGAAGCAAGAGCUGAUUGACAGCAUAAGCAGGAAGCUGCAGGUGCUGCGUGAAGCCCGGGAGAGCUUGCAGGAAGACAUCCAGGCCAACAUUGCCCUGGGAGAAGAGGUGGAGGAGAUUGUGAAGCAAGUGUGCAAGCCCAAUGAAUUUGACAAGUUCAGGAUGUUCAUUGGAGACCUGGACAAGGUGGUCAGCCUGCUGCUGUCCCUGUCCGGGCGCCUGGCUCGAGUGGAGAACGCUUUAAACAACCUGGACGAGACUGCCUCCACAGAGGAAAAGCGCACACUGACAGACAAAAGGAAGCUACUCAUCAGGCAGCACGAGGACGCGAAGGAGCUGAAAGAAAACUUGGACAGAAGGGAGCGAGUGGUCUUUGACAUCCUGGCCAGCUACCUGAACGAGGAAAACCUGGCCGACUACGAGCACUUUGUCAAAAUGAAGUCAGCCCUCAUCAUCGAGCAGCGCAAACUGGAGGAUAAAAUCAAACUGGGGGAAGAGCAGCUGAAGGGUCUGACGGACAGUCUUCCCCUGGAGAGCCGACAGCUGGAACACCGGAUCACCUUUUGAGAAUGAGAUUGUCUUCCCCAACAGACUGUGGUGUGAAACGUUUUUAAUCUACUAGGGGGACACAAGCAACAGAAUUAAAAAAGAACAAAAGAUAAACACAGCACACAUCUUUAGUUUGCAGUGUAUUGUUUAAGAUUUCUUUAUUAUUGUAUUGCUUGAAACCAUGACUUUUUUUUUCCACAACACAUGAACUUUUUGUUUUCUUUACUCUCGUAAAAAUUGUCUGUUUUUAAAAGUUAGUGUGAAUAUAAGAACAAAUGAGUACCUGAUACAUAUGAUAAACAUUUGCUUUUUUUUUGGUUUGUAUGUUGCAAACUCCUACUUUUAAAAAGAAAAAAAAAAUGAUCACCCACCCUUUUCUUUUUCACAAUGCAGUUUUAAAGCAAGGAAUUGUUUGUUCUCGUAACUUAUUUUAGAAUUUGAAGUGAUUAGUGGAACUUGAGGAAAGAGCAGUACUACUCUUGAGUCAGAGUAAUAUAAAUAUCAGAAGACCCUGAUGCAUCUAACAGUAAUUGAAAUGUUACAUAUUGUGUAAAAUUCAUUAUUCUGCUUAGGUGUGAUAUUUAAAUGAGUAUCUC